CUUUUAAUAGCCCAUCGAAAGUCUAGGCUAUCUCAGAUCAAAGCGCGUACAACUGAUUGCCUCGUCGGGGACCGAAACGGGUAUGCGUGACGUCAUACGCAAGAGAGCCUCAUCAAAUCAUCUCUCAGAAGGACAGCCUCAUAUGGCUCUUAGGCGCCUCAACCUGUUGUGAAAAGCCAUUUCAUUCAUUUUUAGACUCAGGUUUGACUCAUUCCCAUGUCUCGCUUGUCGCUAGCUUUGUUGGAAGCUCAUCCGGGCGACGUAAAAGCCUGUUGCGUCGCUCACCUCGGCUAGUUUCUUUUCUCUUCUUUAACCAUCGCUGGAUACUUUCUCGGGUCCCUUCAGCUUUGCUCAAAUCGCCUUCUCGCCUUCUAAUUCUGUUCUACUUUUGCUCUUCACUCUUAUUAUACCCCAACUUCCAACUUUUUAACCGUUCGUCUUAUCUUCCUGUCUUUUGUAAACAUGGCUUCCGUUAGCGCUCUUCCCCAAACUCUUCGCUCUAUUACCACCACCAAAAACAAGGAACUUUCCAAGCAGCGCGUGCUAUUCGAGAAACGCCGGAGUAGUAUCAUCCAAUCCGCUACCGCAGCUUCUGAUCUGCGAACCAAGGCCCGUAUUUUACUGGAGGGCGUCGCCAAACUCAAGGGCCACCCCAACGAUGCAUUCGACAAAGAGGAUCUCGAUGUCGAUGCGGAGUCGUUUGAAACUCCAGUCUCGGAUGGGACUGAGCGAGCAGUCCACGCGAACAUUCGCCGGUUCCUCCUGCAAGGAAAGUAUGACCCCUCAGUAUCCCAGUCUAGUUUGAAGGAGUGGAUUGGGUCACUCGAGGCUGAGAUCAUGUACAUGGAGCGAGCGCAUGAUCAUGCAUCAUUCUAUAGUGCGCUUGUGACGGAGUGGCUAGAAGACCUUGAGGCUUCUGGGGCAGUUUCAAUUCCGAAGGCUGAAGAGGAGGGUACCGAGGACUUGGGUAUGGAGAGUGUGGGACGUGCAGAGAUGCAAGAGCAGAGACAGACAUGGGAGAGUCUCGUCUUUAGCGAGUCCAAAGUCCAGGAGGAUGCUAUUCGCGCAUAUCUGGACUCCCUUUUCACUCAGACGGCGCUGUCGGAGCAGGCACUGAAAGAGCUCCGUGAGAGCAUCAAAUCUUUCGCGACGGGCCUCUCGGCGAGCAAAACCUGGCUCACUGUGGACGAUCUUUCGUCGGUGUCCGCGUCACUUUUGAAGACCGAUCUUCUGACAAAGGAGAAAACGGGCAUCCUCAAGGAGCUUACGCGGAAUCGGGCUGUGGCCCGGGAGGUCGUUGACGUUUUGAACAUGCGUCUUGCCUCGUUAGAUAACUGGACCUGGCCCGAUGAGGGCGUUCCAGUGGAAAUGCGUCGCCAACUGAAUGGGAAGUAUCGAGUGUUUAUGGAUGGAGAUCUGCUGGACAGCAUCAUGUUCCACUACUUGGGUAUCAAAUGGUCGGUCGCCCUUCGGUCUGCAUUUGUCACCUUCUUGGGUUCGCGCGGCUGGAAGAAACCACGCGAUCAUAUUCCCCAGGAGGAUAAAUUAAGGCGGAGCUACUUCAUUGGCAUUGAUCGCUUCCGUGGAGUACAUUCUGUGAAUGACGAAAGACAACGGGUUUAUAAAGAAAACUACUUUAUGAGCCAAUUGCCUUCUUCGGAGGAUGAGGGUGUACCGGACUACGACGGUGAUAGCGACAGCGGCGACGAAACACGCCCCAAGAACGCGCUUGAAACAAAGCACUCUCUUCUUCACCUUCUCCUCACCGAAUCUAUCCUCCACACCACCUUGCAUGGACAGUUCACUGCUAUUCGGUCAGACUUCAAAUGGUUUGGUCCGUCUCUCCCUCACACCACGAUGCUCACGAUCCUUUCCUAUUUUGGCGUCCCUCAAGACUGGCUAGAUGUCUUCCGUACUUUCCUGGAAGCCCCGGUAAAAUUCAUCCACGACGGUCCUAAUGCCACACCCUCGGUUCGGAAGACGGGGAUCCCAAUGAGCCAUACACUCUCGACGGCUAUGGGUGAAGCCGUGUUAUUCUGCAUGGAUUAUGCGGUGAACCAGAGUACGGACGGAGCAUAUCUCUACCGGUUACACGACGAUUUCUGGUUAUGGGGUCAAGAGAAGACGUGUGUUCAAGCGUGGACGUCCAUGACUGAGUUCGCCAAAGUCAUGGGACUCGAGUUUAAUGAAGAGAAAACUGGAGCCGUACGCUGGGAUGGGGCUGGCGAGAAAGUCCCGCAAGUCUUGACUUCUGAUAACAACGAUACCGAAGGAAAAGACCUGCUUCCGUCCGGCGAUAUCCGCUGGGGAUUCUUGAAAUUAGACUCUCAGCAACGCCGCUUCGUCAUCGAUGGAGACAAGGUUGAAGAGCACAUUUCAGAGCUUCGGCGUCAGCUCUCGGCCUGCAAGAGCAUUUUCGCGUGGAUCCAGGCAUGGAACAGUUACUUUGGCCGCUUCUUUGUGAAUAACUUUGCAACACCAGCUGUUUGCUUCGGCAGGGAACAUAUUGACAUGGCCAUCUCUACCCUGAGUCACAUCGAACGCUCAGUUUUCCCUGAGAACAAUGGCAGUGGCGUCACCGAUAGCCUGCGAAAAGAACUUGCAGAGCGGUUCAACGUCCAUGACAUUCCUGAGGGUCUAUUCUACUUCCCUAUCGAGCUUGGCGGCCUGAGCCUUGUCAAUCCGUACAUCCCUCUGCUUGCCAUGCGUGAAAACAUCAAGCAGACGCCGCACCGCCGGAUCCAUAAGGCAUUCCUCAAAGAGGAGGAGACCUAUCUUUCAGAGAAGGAAUGGGUCGAAGAGAACGGACCUCGCAACCCUAGGGCCUUCAUGGUUGGCGGCAAAAGUGAGAACGACAUUCCCACAGACGAUUUCCUCUCCCUGGAAGAGUACAUGCGCUAUGCAGAAUCCUUCAGUCGCCCACUCCUGGACGCAUAUCUGGACUUGACAAACGUUCCGGACCAAGUCAACGUUAACCUCACGCCCGAAAUGAAGGGCAAUCUAGCGCUGAGUACGACGGAGAACUCAGCAAACACAAUCUCCAACAACUGGAACAAGAUGUCUCCAUAUUGGCGAUGGGUAGCGGAAUUGUAUCGGGGAGGAAUGGUACAAAGGUUUGGGAGCCUGGCAGCCGUGCAUAGAGAGGCAUUGAGUGUAGGAAUUGUGCAAACCCUGAAGGAGGGCAAGUUCCGCUGGCAAGGUUGAUAUGGCGUAUCUUAAUGUAUGAUAAAUUUUGAAGUCACGAAGUCAUGAUACCAGACACAGGCAAAUAAUAGGCCUAUGCUAAGAAACAUAUGAUAUUAUUAUUGGUUAUAUGCAGAUUCAAAUUCAUCCAAAAGCGCUCUAAGACGUUCUUUUUCU